AUGGACAGCAGAUAUACAUAUGUGGUAACACCAGAAGGUCAAGAUCAUUUUAUGUUAAGAUUAAGUGGACAACCAGUUCAUUCUCUCGGUGAUCAAGUUACAGUUCAUUGUAAAGUACAACCAAAUUGCUAUUACAACGCAACGCGAUGUGCUCAAUUCAACAACAUUGUUUUCGAUCGAGAAAAUUGGCAUGAACAAAAACGAGUGGAUAUGUCGUUUGGUAAUUACGGCUGUUGUUUGUACGAAAUCACUGCGGUCGGCGGAAGAUAUGAGUGGCUGUAUUUUAAAUCGACGUUUCUUGUUUAUGCAUGUGAUGGCCAAGCUGGCCAUGGCUGUAUGGGUAAAGAACCAUGCGAAUCUUGA